AAGUAUUAAACCACAAAAGUGUAGUGGAUGCGCUUUCAAGGGGAGAUUGUUCAGAAGCACUNAAAUGGUGUGCAGAAAANAGAAAGAAACUACAAAAGAUGAAAAGCAGUUUGGAAUUNGACUUGCAUGUGCAGGUUUUUGUGGAAUUGAGGAGACAAGGCAAAGUGUUNGAAGCCAUAUCGUAUGCACGAAAGAACCUUUCUACUUGUCCAAGAGAACAAUUGAAGCAAGUUCAAAGAGUGUUGACUUUGCUUGCGUUCCCAGAAUCCACNAGUUGCGAACCUUACAGACAGCUGUAUUCAAGAGACCGUUGGAAGGAGCUUAUUCAAGCUUUUCGCACGGAAUAUUAUAUACUNAAUGGAUUGACCAAAGAUUCUUUGUUAGAGAUUGUGAUGAAAGCAGGUCUCUCUGCUCUCAAGACAAGUUGUUGUUUNGANGAAGAUCAACGCAAUGUNAACUGUCCUGUUUGUCANGAACCUUAUCGAAGUUUAUCAACAGAGUUACCUUUNAGUCAUCAUGUGCAUUCAGUUUUGGUUUGUCGUAUGAGUGGAGAGAUUAUGGANGAACACAAUCCACCGAUGAUACUUCCCAAUGGAAAUGCUUANAGNGAAAAGGCUUUGAAAGAAAUGGCAGAGAGAAAUGGAGGAAAGAUAUACGAUCCUCAAAGUGGAGAGGUAUUNGAUUUUCCAAGNGACGAUAUCCGAAAAGCUUUUAUUAUGUAAUUAAACAGGAUUGAAAGUUUUGUACAUCGCUUUUUCACUGUAGAGAUGGGACAAUCUUAUGAAUAACUUUGACUUGGUCGAUACACACACCCAAGUUAUGA